AUGCCCUCUUCGUCCUCUCUCCUCACUCUGGCCACGGUCGUUUCGGCGGUCAAUGCCGCCUACCAGGGCUUCAACUACGGCUCGACCUUUACCAGCGGCCAGCCCAAGGCCCAGACUGACUUUGAGGCCGAGUUCAAGACGGCUGCUGGCCUCGACGGCACCAAUGGCGCCUUCACCAGUGCCCGUCUCUAUACCAUGAUCCAGGGCGGCACCACCAAUGCACCCAUCAGUGCCAUUCCCGCUGCCAUCAGCACCAAGACAAGCCUGCUGUUUGGCCUCUGGGCUUCUGCUGGUGACGCUGCUUUUGCCAACGAGAUUGCUGCUCUGAAGAGCGCCAUUAGCCAAUACUGCGGUCAGAUGGACGGCCUGGUUGCCGGUAUCUCAGUUGGCAGCGAGGAUCUGUACCGAAUCACUCCUACUGGUGUUGCUUCCCAUGCUGGCCCCGGAGCUCAGCCCGGAACUCUGGUCAACUACAUCAACCAGGUCCGUGAUACCAUCAAGGGCACUUGCUUGGCCAAGGUCCCCAUUGGUCACGUUGACACCUGGAACGCCUGGGUUGUGGGAUCCAACAAGCCUGUGAUUGACGCCGUCGACUGGCUCGGCAUGGACACCUACCCCUACUACGAGAACACCAACUCCAACGGCAUCGCCAACGCCAAGGCUCUAUACGAAGCUGCUCUGCAGAAGAUCCAGAACGCCGGCCCCGGCAAGGAGGUCUGGGUCACCGAGACCGGCUGGCCCGUCAACGGCAAGAGCUCUGGUGACGCCGUUGCUUCCGUGAGUAACGCUCAGAAGUACUGGCAGGAGGUUGGCUGCCCCAACUUUGGCAAGACCAAUGUCUGGUGGUACACUCUUCAGGAUGCCGAGCCUAGCGCGCCCAACCCCAGCUUUGGUCUCAUUGGCAGCUCCUUGACCGAGAAGCCCCUGUUCGACCUCUCUUGCGCCAAUACUACUGGCUCGGAGCCUCAAACUACCGGUUCUUCAGGCUCUCAGACUACUGGUUCUGAGUCGCAGACUACUGGCGGCGCUGGUGGUGCCGGCGGUGCUCCCGCCUCCUCCACCUUUGCCUCUGUGCCCUUCCCCACGGCUAACAGCACUUCUUCCUCUGGUGGCUCUCCUACCGGCUCUGGAUCCAGCAGCAGCCCUUCUGCCUCAACUACCGCUCCUGGAAGCAGUGGUAACAAGCUGAGCUCUUUUGGGGCCGCCGCCGCCGCUGUUGCUGUGGCUGCUAUUGCUCUGUAA